AUGGUAAUUCCACCACGUCCAUCUAGAUGGUCAACCAGAGGAUAUAAGCGCGAAUGGAAGUUGUUUAUGGCACAGAUGGACCAUUGCCUUCAGAUUGCUGAUCGUAUCACUAAAUCCUAUAGUUCUGCUGCCUCUGCCAAUGGCGGACUCAACGGUUUGAUGAUGGGUGGUGGAAAUGCAAGACGUUGGACCAAUUUCUUCCAUAGUAGAAUGCAAUCAUCUGAAGAGCUGAUGUCACCAACACUCUUACUUCACGUUACAGAAUGUCUUCGUCACUAUCUAGUUGGAUGUAAGAAACGUUCAUCUAAAGCUCAAUCAUCAAAUGGAAAUAAUAAUGGCAUCAAUGGUAAUAAUACAAAUGGACAAUCAUCAAACUAUACAUCAUCUGCUUCUUUUGCUUCAAAUUCAUCUUUUGUUCGUGAACGUGAAGGUACUGAAGAUAGUUUGGAAACAAAAACAACAAUCGAUUGUCAAGCUGUGGCAGAAGGAAUGUUGGAGUAUGUCACCACACACUGUUUGGAUGUCGAUAACUCUUUAAUUGGUUUCACUGUUAAUCCAUCGGUAGCCGGUCAAUUAACCUAUCGUAGAUUGAACUCUAUAAAUCAGUUAAUAAAGGAAUUCAGUAUUGAUAGCAAUAGUAGUAACAACAAUACUCAUAAUAUUGCUGGUACUCUUUGUUUUUCAUCUGGUCAUCAUGGUCAUAAUCAUGGUCAUGGUAACAACUCUCAUUCCAAUCUAUCAUCUUCACAACAAUCUCAAUCAUCAUCAACAUCGUCAUCAACAUCUUCACCUGGUUUAUCAAAGAUUGCAAAGUUAAAAGGAGCAAUCUCCUAUCAAUCUCCAAAUGCUAAGAUCAUUCAUCAUGCUGCACAGAGAAGAGGUUCAUCCAAUCGUUUGACCAAGUCAAACUCCACCACUGUCAAUCACUACAAAAAGACACCUACCUCUACUACCACCAACAAUUUGACUAAAUCAUCUAGUUCUUCAUCAUUGAAACAAUCGAAGGAUUUAAACGAUCCACUCUAUAUGAUUGAUUUGUUAUCGCGUUGGUCAAAGAUGUCCGAUCGGAAGCUUGCCAAUGAACUUCGUGAGUUUGUUCAGGCACAUCAUGGCGGUGACGAUGAUGACUGUGCCAACUAUGAAACCGCCUAUUUGAACAAAGGUGAUCUCGUAGUAUUCAAAUACCCAAGUAAAGACUGCGGAAGCCAACCAAAAUACAUGUUCGGUCGUUUCACCGGACAGAUUUGCGAUUCGCCCAACACCGAGGUCAGAGAAUCGGUCCCCGCCACCGAGUAUCUCUCGAUCUACACCAACCCAACUGAAACCGAGUGGAUUUGGAUCAAGCGAGAUGACAUCUUCAAGUUUACCAACCAGCUUAAGAUGAUGGAACAACUGACAAACGCUCAGAAGAUGGGAUCAAUGGUGGAGUGUCCAACUCUGAAACUUCAGAAAAUAAUACAAGUCAAAGAGGAAGAGCUACUUAGAAACUACUUGUCCACUCGUUCUGUCUCACCAAGCCUAUUGGAUAAGCUUGAGAAUUACACAAUAACUCUUAAGGAUCUUAGAGAAUUGCGAUCACUCUAUGUUAUUCUCUCGCAACUCAGUUCGAAUCUACCGAUUGAGUUGGUUGGCAGUGUCUCGAGAAUGGUGGCAGCGGAGGUCGGUAGAUUCUUGAGUACCGUUGACAUUGGAACUCUCUACACACCGACAAGAAGAACUCUUCUCGAUGGAUUGGAACGUUAUCAUGAGAUAAGAGGUUCGCAACUCAAGUCAAGAGCAGGAACACUCCGUUCCCUCUGUGAGAAUGCAGUCGGUCGUUUGAUAUCAGCGAAACUCGAGAUACUCGACGGAACCAGAAAGCUUCGUGUUGUCAAUUGGUGGUUAACGUUGAUCAAAGAACAAGUAGAAGAUUAUCUUAAAGCUCGUGGAUUCACACCGGAUGCUGUUCCCGCCGACUACACGGUGACUCCACCGGCCAGUCUGAAAGUGGUGGCCGACAAUCUCGUUGUGCUCCACAAUGCUUUGCCAUCGGGAUGCUCGAUCGAUCCUCAGCUAAUCGAUUUGGUCCGUCGUUUGAAAGAUGCAAUCUACCCGGUGAUCGAAGAUUUCAACAGUUGCAUCCGCUACAUCCUCUGUGAGUGGCUGGACAUUGACUUCAAAGAGGACGGUGAAUACAUCGACUUUGGCGCGGCACUCGCCAAGAACUUGGCAACGCUCUCCAGUGACAACAUCGCCAAGAUCAAACGUAUGAUCAAAGACAGUGAGUAUCUCACUGAGAUGGUGCGUCUUGAGAAUUCGAUUGUCGACAGCAGCUACGACGACGCCCGUCGCUAUGAAUCCGACAUCAUACCGAUCUCCGGUUUGAUAUUCGGUCGUCUCUAUCGUAUUGAAAACGAACUUAGAACUGUAAUUGAAUGUUGGCAUGACAUUGAAACAAAGAGAUCACCAUUGAAAAGUUCAAAUCGUUAUAAUUCAAACAACAACAACAACAACAACAAUAAUAAUAAUAGUAAUCAUCAUAACAGAUCCAACUCUUCUUCUUCUUCUUCUUCUUCACCAAUUCAAUAUCAUCCAACCAAAGCAAUUAUUAUUCCAACUACAACCAUUGUUUCUCCAUCGCUAGCAUCUAAUUCCUCCACUAAACAACCUGUAUUAAACAAAUCUUCAACAACAUCAUCUACUACUACUACAACAACAACUACUACUACAACCAACAACAACAACAAUAAUAUUACAGCAACACCAAUAAAAACAGUAUCAUCACCACAACAAGUAAAAUUCAAUAUUCCAGAGAUUGUAAUUGAAUCAAUCGAAAGUCCAAAUGAAACUAUUAAAUUUGAAAAACAACACCAACAACAACAAAUUUCAGUUUAA